AUGAGGAAAAGGACAAAGUCGGAAGAAGAAGAAGAAGGCAAGAGUGUUCUGUUUACUAUCGGAGACGAGUGGCGAGUAAGUAGAAGUGUGAAAAAGAAGGUAGAAAUAAUGGAAUGUAAGGAGGGGAAGAAGCGGCUGGUAAAAGAGAGGAGGGACAGAGGCGGUUUGAAAUGGAAAACUUAUGUGUGUGAGGUAGUAUGUGACAAGUCAUUUAGGGAAAAGGGUAGUUUAAACAUUCAUAUGCUUAUUCACACAGGAGAAAAACCUCAUGUGUGUGAUUUAUGUGGUAUAUCAUUUAGACAGAAGGGUGCAUUAAACCAGCAUAUGCUUAUUCACUUAGGAGAUAAACCCUAUUGCU